UUGACUUAUUUCCUGAUUUCCGCAUUACAAUAAAGAUGUUUCUGCAUCAUCUGUACAUAGCUCUAGCUCUAACUACUGUCUAUAAACAAGUUUACUCUGAGGAGACCACUGUGUUUGUACUGAAGGGCCAGGAUGUCCAUCUGGAUCUCAAGGAGCAUGUUGAUCCAAAAACGGUAUCAGUUGUAUCGUGGAAAUUUAACUACUCUGACCCUGUAGUGAAUUACUUCUCUAUAUCAAAACGUUCUAUCAUAGAGAAGUAUAAAAACAAUGCAAACAUUUCAGAAAGAAACUUCUCCCUGCUUAUCAAGAACCUUCAGGAGGCAGACAGUGGAUCUUAUGAUGUACACGUGACAAGAAAAGGAACUGGAAAUAUCGAUGCUUCAUAUUUAAUUGUGGUUCAAGACAAAGUUGACCCACCAGUGCUGACGUUAGACUCUAGCACCUCCACUGCUGACUCCUGUAACAUGACUGUGAUCUGCAGAACUCUGAACACCUCAGUCUCCUCCACCUGUAACACCAUCACCUGCUCUCAGGAGGGAGGAGACAGAGGAGGGGUCGUGACCUCUACUGCUCCUCUCCUUAUCUAUGUAUCUGGGGGGUCCAUCAUCUGUAACCACAGCAACCAGGUCAGCUGGGCAGAAGAUACCAAGGAGAUUAAAGGGAUUUGCACUCUUUACCCUACAGCCCAGAUACAAAACCCUAUUAUUGUCCCAGCAAGCACAACUGCUGCUUUCAUACUGGUCGUGUGUGCUGCCAUAGGUGUUUAUGUGUGCCAAUACAAGAAAAAGACAAGAACUGAAAUGAUAAACUCAACAUAUGUCUCUGUUCAGAAUACUCCUCAAGCUCAGGGGGCUCCUGUUGAUCAGUCAGCUGACCGCUGCCCACCAACCAUCUACAGCACAGUGGAACUCCCUAAGCCUGAGGACCCUGAAACCAUGGAGAUGACUGCCGACGCCACACAACUCCCUAAGCCUGAGGACCCUGAAACCAUGGAGAUGACUGCCAACGCCACACAACUCCCUAAAAGCAUCUACGCUCAGGUGACGAAAAAAACCAUCAGGCAUACUAGCACUAGUUAAAUAUAACUUUUGGAAUUGGAAGAUCAUUAUAUUGCUUGAAUGGCAGUUUUAUUGAACAAUUGAUUGAAAAGGAAAGCUGGUGCAGUGUUGUGGAUUUAGCUUAUAUUGUAUUCUCCAUUCCGGUAAGCAAAUAUAAUUUAAUGUUCAAAAGAAAAUGUACUAACGAGUAAUGAGAAGCCAAAAGUUGCUUGAAAAUAAAGAAUACAUUUGAUCAUCAAGCUGUUACAAAACAGCAAACUCUGAUUAAAUGAUUGAUACAGUUAAUGAUUUGAACUGCGGUUGUGAGUAUUAUUUAAAUAAUGAAAUCCUGUAUUGUUGUAUGUAAGUUACGGUACAGUUCAGUUAAGUUCAAAAAGCAUCCAUUGUCAAACAUUUAUUUUAUUUUUACAUUUGUCUUUACUGCUGCUACUGCCUUCAGGGAUAAGUAUGGCUCAGUGGUUAAGCAUUAGACUGAUGUUUAAGAUAGCACAUGUUAUAAUGCCCUUCCAUACGUCGUUUUGCAUAAAAGCGUCUGCUCAAAGAAGGACUGUUUGCAUCCAAGUAUAAUACCAUAAAGUGUUUAUCUAAUUAUUCUGCUUGCUGCCUUCAUCUCAGGUUAUAAGGCUAGUAUAGGAUAUUAUGUGUAUUAUAGGUUUAGUUUACUGUAUUGCUUAUUAUUUUGUAUAUUUAGGAGGCUUAUUUUAUUGUAUUAUAUGUUAGUUUGUCAUAGGUGUAAACUUGUUCUGAGUACUUAUAUGUCAGUGUUAUGCCAGGUUGCUUUGCGUUGUCUUGUCCUAAGAAUUUCAGUGCCCAGUCUGACCCUGUGUUGGUCUGUGUACCUGACAAUAAAAGACUUGAACUUGAA